GCGAGCGCGGGGCCGGCUGGAGAGCCCUCCUCCAAGGCGGCGCGCGCCGGGGACAAGUUUGCCGGGCUCGCUGGCUGCGCUCCCCUCGCGGGGGGAAGACGCGCCCCCCUGCUCGCGUUUCUUCUGGGGUGGGGGGCGGGAGGGGGGGGCCGGACUGUGUGUGUGAGCGCGCGCCGGGGGCACCGUGUGCACACACACACGCAGGACCCAGGCGCGCGGCCCCCUCCAAAGAGCGUCACUCCGGAGCGAGCCAUGUUCCAGCCCGCAGCCAAGCGCUGCUUCACCAUCGAGUCGCUGGUGGCGAAGGACAAUCACUUGGCGUCCGAGGAGCCCCUCCGGCCCACCGCCCUCAACUACCCCAACCCCUCCGCCGCCGAGGCCUUCGUCAAUGGCUUCCACAGCGCGGCGGCCGGCCGCUCCCUCUACAGCAGCCCGGAGCUGGUCUUCCCGGAGGCCGUGAGCCACCCCUCCCUGGGCGUCCACCCGCACGCCCUGGGCGCGUCCCAGCUGCAGCACCCGCACGCCUUCUUCGGCCCCCAGCACAGAGACCCGCUCAACUUCUACCCCUGGGUGCUGCGGAACCGGUUCUUCGGGCACCGCUUCCAAGGGAGCGAAGUGUCCCAGGAGGGUUUGCUGCUGCACGGGCCCUUCGCCCGGAAGCCCAAGCGGAUCCGCACGGCCUUCUCCCCUUCCCAGCUCCUGCGGCUGGAGCGGGGCUUUGACAAGGAACAUGGUGUGGUAGGGAGCAGGAGACUGAGGGAUUUGGGUUUGUUCAGUCUGCAGAAGACAAGAGUGAAAGUGUGGUUCCAAAACAGAAGGACGAAAUACAAGAGGCAGAAGCUGGAGGAGGAAGGCCCGGAGUCAGACCAGAAGAAGAAAGGUUCGCAUCACAUCAAUAGAUGGCGGAUUGCCACCAAGCAGUCCAAUGGGGAAGACAUUGAUGUUACUUCCAAUGACUAGAAAAGGAGGCCGGCUGCUGGCAAAUAAACCAAUGAGAGGAACAUGGGGGAAGAGGGGAAAAUACGGGGCAAAGAAAAGAAAAACUGUAGAGAUUUCACAAAGGCAAAGCAAUCACCACCAGCUGAGCCUCCUCCGUGGCACGUAGGCCGAACGAGAGGCCUACGGACCAACUCCUCCCUCAGCACCGAGUUCUGCGCCCUGGCCGGCCUUCACAGGCGUUUUGGAAAGGAAAACGCCUGGAGAGCAGAGGAAACGCCGGUCACGCGCUUCUGGGAACUGAGCCGAGCUGCCAUUCCUCCCAGCCUGACGCUGUCGGUCAGCCACACGAUCAAAUAAAAAAGUCAACCAAGAAACUCCAUGUACACAAUUUUCUUUUCUUUUUUUUUUUUUUUUACACGUUUAUUUUAAUUUAUUAUUUUUAAUUUUGUGCGUGUGCCUGCGUGGCCUGUCGUAGGUAGUGAACAGCUGUAGCGUGCGUGACUGUAUGGUAAUAAAAGCAACAUGGGCUCAAAGUAUAUCUCAUUCCCUUGGCAGGGUGAAGGGCGGAGGUGGGAGGAAUCCAGUGGUGCUGCCUACAGGUCGCAAGAAUUCACAGAUGCUGGUCAGAUCAAGAUAUCCACUUUUCCCAUCCGACCACAGACCCUUCUCCAGAGUGUUUUAAAAUCACUGGCACUGAAAUCAUUCCUGGUAGAACUGGAUGAGCAGGGAAAUGCUGAUUCACUGUUAUCUGUGACCAAGUUCGUUAACCUGUACCCAGGUUUGUAGGUCCUUAUUUUUCAUGGGCAUUAGGAACUGCUGCCCAUGCUAGAACCAGAUGCUUUAGAUAUAGGCAUAAGUGCCCCAUAGUUGCGGAAUAAUCGGCCUGUGGGGAUAUUUUUCAUUGUCCUCCGAUAGAGGUUCGUUCAUACUCUGAACCAUGGGGAGUUUAUAUUGCUUCUAAAAUGCGUGGCUAUUUUGAUGUCUCCACAGGGUAAUCGUGUUAGCUAAUAUCUGCAAAAACAACAAGGAGUCCUGUAGCGCCUUGGGGUGUGUCUAGACUACAUG